GUGACAGAUGACAGUGACAACAAUAAGUGACGGACACGUGCUUUUGUUUGUACUCUUUUUACUUAAAAACUGUAAGAGUUUGAGCAUUAUUUUUAAAUUGGAGGAAGAAAAAAUAUGGUUAUUUCUACAAUGAAAAAACCGACAGUUAAAGUAUCAGUUUCAGAUAACGAAUCAGAAUACGAAGGAGACGAAAGUGAUGAAGAACAAAUAUCUACGAAAGAAUCUGACAGCGAUGGGAGUGGCGGAGAGAACGAAGAAGGCGGCAGUGACCAAGAAGUUGGUAGUGACGUAGAAAGUGGCAGUGAUGAAGAUGGUAGUGAAGGAGAAAGUGGAAAUAAAGGAGCAGUAAUGUUAACUAAUGAAGGCUGGGCUGAUUCCGUAGCAAAGAUUUUGGGUACAAAUAAACCAAAAAGCAAAAAAACUCUGGUAUUAUCAAGAGCUAAGAAACAUUCAGAAAUUGUAAAAAAAGUAAAGGAAGAGAAGCCAGCUUUCGAAGUUGUUGGGGAAAGUGAGGAGAUUAAACCUGAGAUUAAGAAAGAAGAAACAGUUUCUAUAGAGCCACCCAAAAAGAAAAAGAAAGAAGAAAAAUCUACUGUACGCAUUAAACCAAACAUCUUAGAAAAAGAUAGGGAAAGACUUUUAUCAAAAAUAGCUACAAAAGGUGUGGUACAGUUAUUCAAUGCAGUGAGGAACCAACAAAAGACAAUGGAAAAAGAACUAGAUAAAGAUUUAACUGAAGCCAAAAAGGAGAAAAUAUUAAAGAAGUUUGAUAAACGAGCAUUUUUAGAUACACUUAUGGGUCAGACAAAAUCAAUAAUUGUUGAUGAACAAACUAAAUCUUUGAAAAAUGAAGUUAAACCUGAAGAUGAAGCACCUAAAUGGAGUGCAUUGAGGGAUGACUUUAUGAUGGGAGCAAAAAUGAAAGAUUGGGACAAAGAACCAGCAGAUGACUGAAUAUCUUAGAAUAUUUAUUGGUUAAAUAUGUACAUAAAUUUAAGUAUAAUUAAAUAAAUUUAAGCUUAAUGUAA